UAUGUAAGCAGCGGUCCUGACACGUAAGAGACUCACGCAAUUUUUCAAACGGAAGAAGUUUCUUUCCAAGAAGUUGGAUGAAGAAACGCCUCAGAAUUGAUGCAGUUGACCUGUAGCGUCUCUACAACGUACACCAACCUGGAGGUUCCUUAACAACUCACCGGGACGCUCCGGUAGAGCAGCCGACGCGCCGACAUGAGAUUCCCAGCCCUUGUUUCUGCCCUGCGGUCGAUGGGCCCGGUGAUAAUCGGCAUUUCUUUAGGAUUCACCUUGAGUUUACUCAGUGUAAACUGGACAGAGGAAGCGUGUUAUGCGGACCAGGGUGCUCCUGUGGGCCGUGAUGAACAGCCCAAAGGAGCCCGAAAACCCAAUUCCAUUUCAGUCGUCCACGACGCAGAAUUUGAAGCGGAUUUCGAGCCACGAAUAUUGCCCUAUAAACAAGUUGAGCCGAGUACCGCUAAGAAAGUUUUCAGGGCCAAAUAUAUCAGUACAGAAUUGGGGAUUCGCGAGCGUCUGUUUGUUGGAGUCCUGACGUCCAAAAACACCAUUAACACAUUGGGUGUGGCCGUCAAUCGCACCAUCAGCCAUCAUCUGGACUCUGUCGUCUUCUUCACUGGCACGCACAACCGCAAACCCCCCCACGGCAUGAUUGUCGUCUCACACGGAGAUGAGAGACUGAUCUGGAACAUGUUUCAGACGAUGAAGUACAUUUUCGAGCAUUAUAUCAACGAGUAUGACUGGUUUUACUUUGUCCAAGAUGACGUCUACACAGAAGCCGACAGGAUCAAAGAUCUUGUGGAUCACCUGAGUAUGAAUCAAGAAGUUUACAUGGGCUGUCCAGAGGAGUUCAUAGGCGGGGAGAUGGAAGGGAGCUACUGUUACGGAGGGUUUGGGUACCUGCUGUCUCGAACCUUGCUGCUUCGGCUCCAGCCCUUCCUCGAAAAUUGUAGGAACGACAUCCUCAGCGCCAGGCCUGACGAGUGGCUCGGGAGGUGCAUCAUCGACUACACGGCUAAUAACUGUGUCAGCGACUUUCAGGGUCUCCACUACCACCAUUAUCAGUUGGGCAAAAACUUUGAUCCAAACAAAGAGCAGAGUGAGCAGUUUCGAAGAGCUCUGACUGUCCAUCCGGUGUCUGACCCUGAAGAGAUGUACCGGCUGCACAGACACUUCACUGAGAUUGAACUGCAGAAGACUUACGAUGAGAUUGCUAAGCUCCAGGAAGAAAUAAAAAACGUCAGCGCGGAUGCCUUCGAGGGCAACCGAAGUGCUCAGUGGCCGAUAGGAAUCAACCCACCUUUCGAACCAAAGUCUCGCCACGAGGUUAUAAAAUGGGAAUACUUUACAGAAGAGGAGAUUUAUUCCUGCAUCGACGGUUCCCCUAAAUGCGAUCUGCAUGGCAUCGACCUCCUGGACGUGGCCGAUGUCAUUGACGUCGCUGUUGAAGAGCUGAACAAGAAGUACCAACCCAUUUUGCACAUGAAGAAGCAGCGCCUGAUUAACGGCUACAGGCGCUUCGACCCGACCAGGGGCAUGGAGUACACCUUGGAUUUACAGCUCGAGGCGGUCAGCCAAAAAGGUCACAGUCAUUCUAUUGCCAAGCGUGUUCAUCUGGUUCGACCUCUGAGCCAGGUGGAGAUAAUUCCCAUGCCCUAUGUCACAGAGGGUACGAGGGUUCAUGCCAUUAUACCGAUGACCGCGUUGGAGCGGGAUUAUGUUGAGCAUUUCCUCAAAGUCUUUGCCUCCAAUGCCUUUGAAACCAGUGAAAACAUCAUCCUGACCUUUCUGUUCAUUUACGAUCCAGUGGAAGCGCAGCAAGUUAACCAGAAUGAUAUAUUUGCCAACGUUAAGACUCAAAUAAACCUCUACGAGCACAAAUACCCGACAGUGAAAAUCCCUUGGAUAAGCGUCAAGACAGACACCCCAUCGCAGAUCAAAUUCAUGGACAUCAUCUCCAAGAAGCAUCCGGUUGACACGCUGUUCCUCCUAGCUACCGUCAACACCAACAUCAAUUUGGAGUUUGUGAACCGCUGCCGCAUGAAUUCCAUCAACAACUGGCAAGUGUUCUUCCCCAUCCAUUUCCAGGAAUACAACCCCGACGUGGCCUAUCACAGCCAACCACGUCCGGCCACGGUCGACCUGCUCAAGGAAUCGGGACAUUUUGACCGCUGGUCAUUCGACGAAGCCUGUUUUUACAAUGCGGACUACAUGGCAACGCGCACCAAAAUGGUCGCGGAUGUCCAAGAGAACGAGGAUAUACUAGAGACCCUAGACAUUUAUGACAUAUUCGUAAAGUACUCCGGGCUGCAUGUAUUCAGGGCAGUAGAGCCGGCAUUACACCAAAACUACCGCUACCAAAACUGCAACCCGCGGCUCAGUGAGGAUAUCUACCACAGGUGUGUUCAGAGCAACUUGGAAGGUGUCGGCUCUCCCUCCCAACUGGCAAUGCUGCUGUUUGAACAAGAGCAAGGAAAUAGCACUUGAGCGCAAAGGGCCAACCCUCCACGCCUGCAUGUGACACAAAAGAGCUGAGUUCCUUCAAAUGGAUGUUUGGACUAAAAAAUUUGAAUAGAAUGGCGACGCUGAACUUCACAUACAUUGUUGUCCGUUUUCGGGCCGUGGAACCAGCUCGAUAAAAUGAAUGCAAUAGUAUUGUAAAAAAACAAACAAACAAACAAACAAUAAUAAUAAUAAUAAUAAUGUUUACAACACUUUAAGGCACACUGAGCAACGCAGCGGAAUGCGGCUGAACCUGACAGUUGCCAACAAAUCGUAUCAGCCACUCCUAGCCGCACACCCUGCUGAUGCACACAUCCCAACUUGCUUAGGAGAGGAAAUGGCGAGAAUAAAAGCGAAAGUGGAUGUUUCGGAGGCUGUAAGCAAUGAUACCAUUCACUGAAUUUCAGUGACAGAUACUCUCCACCCUUUGCUUUUUAGUCACAGGUACAUCUGUAACUACAAUAUAGUUGACAGUUUUGUUUAAACCAAUGGAUAAACUUCAAUUAUGCGACUUGGCAAUAGCUGGCUGAAUCUCACGUUGUACCCGUGAACUUGAUUUUUGUUGUGAGAUAUCAAGUGAUACAACACGGAGUUUGCGACGCCCUUCACCUGCCAUAAAAACUUUGCGGCAAAAUGAGUUGCCCACUGCCGGCCACUCAUGGACACUAAUUUCACCAACCCGACGCAUUGCGUGACAGUUCAGUGGCGUUUGUGCGCGUUGCUCAGUGUGAGGUAGGCAAGUAGCUGGAACCAAAGGACGUUCCUACCAUUGUCAUUUGCAAUUAGCAGUAUUUUGACCACUAUGUUACGGAAGCAGGGUGUUGUUGUGCCGAUAGUCCAACCAUUUUUUUUUUUUUUUGUGAUCUGGUGUUGGCGCGUGCCCUGUCAGCUCCACACACGUCUUUCUCUGCACCUGUAGUUUUCAAUAUUGAUCAGGAUCUUGAUCUUGGAUCUUGGUUUUGUGCUGUUACGUGUGCUAUUCCUCUCAUUUUGCACUAGGGGCCAGUCUGCAAUUGUUUGUGAUGGACAGAGCGCGGUUGCUUUGGAGAGAUUUCGAGAGGUUUAGAGAGUUAAACCAAAUAAAAUAUUGAAAAGUGGUUUGCACUGUGACAGAAGAGCACCUUCAGGAGUUCCGCUCUGGUUUUCUCUCAGUGUUCCCUCAACCCUUAGUGACAAAAAAAC